AUGCAUCCGGAGGAGUCCCGGGGGCCGUGCCCGUGCAAGCUGCCCUUCCUCUUGCCCGACGAGGUAGCGGUUCGCAACGACUCAGCCGACUGCUGGGUCUCCUUCCUGGGAGGAGUCUACGACCUGACGGAGCUCUGCAGAACCUGGCGCGGCCACGAGUCGAUAAAACCGAUCCUGGCCCACGCAGGGAAGGACAUUAGCCACUGGUUCGACCACCGCAGGAAGGACAUCAGACAUUACGUGCAUCCCAUCACGGGGCCCCUGGACAGGUGCCCCUGGUGGCUCGACGAGAGAUUCCGAAUAGGGAACCUCACGAGAAACGCCCGACCUUGCAGGAUCGUCAACGUCCUUACAGGACUUCAGGCCGUCAUUACGGUUUGCGAGGAGGAUACCGUAGAACGGAUCCGGGAGCGCUUCCUGGGCUUCAAUGCCCACGGGAUGUCCUACACCUGGAAGUUCCAGGGAAAGGAAAUCGACCCUCGAUGUACUCUCACGGAAAAUGGAAUUCCCGACGAGCGAGAUCGCUUCUCCGCCUGCGGAUUGCCAGAUGACGUUUACAUCCCUUCUCUGAUGUGCUAUUACAACGACGACCUCACCGAGAUGUAGAGAUUUAAAAAAAUCCUCUCAUACCAUAUGGCCCUGGUUCCUGCCUGAGAUAUUCUGGACAUACUUCUACGCUCAACCCACAGAUGGCGGCACGCCCAUCAAAAGGCUCAUACAUUCCGAGACCCUCGAUGGAAAUGAAAAUUCUCCCGACGCAGCCCGGGAGU